AGACUCAUGUGAGCCGCGAGCCCGCGAGUGAUGAGCGCCGCCGCCGCCGGUGCCAAGAAGCGUCUCAGCGUCGGCGCCAUCGCCGGCGGAGGGUUCGCGCUCGGGUGCGGCUGCAGGGACGCCAAGGCCGUGGCGGUGGCGGUGGCGUCGUCGGCGGCGGCGUCCACGUCGCCCUACUCCGCGGCCGGCACGGAGACGACGACGACCACGGCGACGACCGCGACGUGGCGCAGGGCCAGGACGCCGCCGCACCGCCCGUCGUCGUCGGCGUCCGGGUCCACGGGCACGCUCACCGUGCCCUCCGCGUCGUCGUCGUCGUCCUUUCCGUGGGAGCGAGCGGACGCCGAGGGUGACGGCGAUGCCGGCGAGGAGGUGGACUGCAAGGGGGAGGCCACGACCACGACGAGCUUCUCCGGCCUGCUGCGCCAGCUCAACGAGCUCGAGCAGAGCGUCGUGUCGUGGGGACGGAAGAGCGCCAGCAAGGAUCACUUGUCGCCACCUCCACGGCCGUUACCAGCGCUACCAGUGAAGCAACGACUUGCGCACAGCUGUGAUGGCGACCGCAAAGAAGGCCACGGCAACUUCUCUCCGCCGCCGCCGCCUCCUCAUUUCCAGUUUCAGAUUACGCAGCAGCGCCAGAAGGCAAAGAGCAUGGAUAAAGGAGACAGACAGGUCGAAGUGGCCCACUCCAAGUCCAUGCAACCGCCACCGCCACCGCCGCCGCCGCCUCCACCAUUACCACUGCAGCCGGAGCGGCAGUUCAAGGCGCAGAGCACGGACGACGACAAAGGCGGCAAAAAAGAAGACGCCAGCAUGUUCCCGACACCGCCGCAGGCUCCGUACCACCUGAAAUCCAAGAGCUCGGUUCUCGACGGGAGCGUGGGCGUGGCGGUGGUGAAGCAGUCCGACGACCCGCUGGGCGACUUCCGGCGCUCCAUGGUGAACAUGAUCGUGGAGAACCGGAUCGUGACGGGCGAGGAGCUCCGCGAGCUCCUCCGCCACUUCCUCGCGCUGAACGCGCCGCGCCACCACGAAGCCAUCCUCGCGGCCUUCACCGAGAUAUGGGACGAGGCGUUCUCCGCCAGGACGACGACGACGAUGGCGACUCCGCCGCGGCCGCGGCCCAGCGCACCGACGCCACCGCGCCGCCGGCACGCCCCGCCUACGCGGUCGUGGCGUUAACUCGUACUACAUGGUCACCCUCACCCGUCAGAGAAUAGUUUUAGCAGGUCAACUUCUCGAAAAAACAACUACGCCAAACUAUUUUUAACUCGUACUACAUGGUCACCCGUCAUAGUAGUUAGCAUGCAUGGGUUUCGUGCAAUGUCAUCUGUGCAGUCACGCAGAUGCUCUCCGGAUCUGUUUGAUAAUGCUUACGAAUCUGUUCGACU